GGCGGGUGGAACGCCUGUUUAUAAACCCACAUCUUUCCCCGUGGGCGGGAACAGCAACAGUAAGGAGUGAAAGUAAAGCGCCUGAGAGAGAGUUAGAGAGGAAGAGACGUGGAGGAGACGUGGAGGAGACGAGGCUUUGGCGGCGGCUGUGGUUGACCGGGGUUCGCGGAGGGGGCGAGGCGGCCGCCCCUGUAUGCGUCUUCAACCGCGCAUGGACGACCACCUCAGCCUCCUGCAAUCACCCCCGCCGAGCGUGAGCAAAACCAGGGGCGACAACCUGGUGAACCACGGAUACACAGAGACAGAGGCCGACGUGAUGACGGUUGUGGCGUGUGACAACAUGCUGGAGGAGUCGGCGGCUCUCCCGGGCCACCACUCUCUGGACCGUUACGAACCGGAUCACGAAUGCUGCGAGAGGGUGGUCAUCAACAUCUCAGGGUUACGCUUUGAGACGCAGCUCAAAACUCUGUCACAGUUUCCAGAGACGCUAUUGGGGGACCCCAAGAAAAGGAUGAGAUACUUUGAUCCUCUGAGGAACGAAUACUUUUUCGAUCGGAACCGACCCAGCUUUGAUGCCAUUUUGUAUUACUAUCAAUCCGGCGGGCGCAUCCGAAGACCCGUAAAUGUACCCAUUGACAUUUUCUCUGAGGAGAUACGCUUCUAUGAGCUUGGUGAGGAGGCUAUGGAGAAGUUUAGAGAGGAUGAGGGCUUCAUAAAGGAGGAGGAGCGGCCGUUGCCAGAGAACGAAUUUCAAAGACAGGUGUGGCUGCUGUUUGAGUACCCGGAGAGCUCGGGUCCCGCCCGGGGAAUAGCAAUAGUGUCUGUCUUGGUCAUUCUUAUCUCCAUUGUUAUCUUCUGCUUAGAGACAUUGCCGGAGUUCAGGGACGAGAACAGGGAUCCGAUUACCAUAGCACCUGUGAUUAAUGGCACGCUUCCAUAUUUCAUCAGCCCCUUUUCAGACCCAUUCUUUGUGGUGGAGACAUUGUGCAUCAUCUGGUUCUCCUUCGAGUUACUGGUGCGCUUUUUUGCAUGCCCGAGUAAAGCCACGUUUUCCAAAAACAUAAUGAACAUCAUUGACAUUGUGGCAAUCGUCCCUUAUUUCAUCACCCUGGGCACAGAGCUGGCAGAGAGGCAAGGGAACGGACAGCAGGCCAUGUCAUUAGCAAUUCUGCGCGUAAUUAGGCUUGUUCGGGUAUUUCGCAUAUUUAAACUCUCGCGUCACUCCAAGGGGCUUCAAAUUUUAGGACAGACUCUAAAGGCCAGUAUGCGUGAACUGGGUCUGCUCAUCUUCUUCUUGUUUAUCGGUGUCAUCCUUUUUUCUAGUGCUGUCUACUUUGCCGAGGCCGAUGACCCAGACUCGGGUUUCAACAGCAUUCCGGACGCAUUCUGGUGGGCUGUUGUCACCAUGACUACUGUUGGAUAUGGGGACAUGCAUCCCGUGACAAUCGGGGGGAAAAUUGUGGGGUCUCUGUGCGCAAUCGCUGGUGUGUUGACUAUUGCUCUGCCUGUCCCUGUCAUUGUGUCCAAUUUUAACUACUUUUACCAUAGAGAGACAGAGGGCGAGGAGCAGGCACAGUAUCUGCACGUGGGCAGCUGUCAACCUCUGACAGACACAGAGGAGCUGAGGAAGACCCGCUCCUCUUCCUCCCUAAGUAAGAGCGAAUAUAUGGUGAUAGAGGAGCAUGGGAUCAACAGCGCGUUCAAACAACAACCUAACUUCCCCACUACGACUCAGAACAACUCGCAAAACUGUGUGAAUAUAAACAAAAAGAUUUUCACCGACGUAUAGCCAGUUUUAAGAGUUCCAACCCUGAACGCAGAAAGAGGUGGUGAGUCAACACACAGCUGGUUCUGUCGUAGCGCACCAGCGUGUGGAAGCAGCGGUAGAUCAGAUGGGAAAAGGAGAAAGGAAAAAAGAAACAAAGAGCGUGUACUGUCAGUUCUUAGAUGCCAUGUGCUCUUUUUUAAGAUUCGGGAUUUUAUUUCCAUUUCAGCAACAUGAAUUCAUAAUCCUGUAUGGUUCCAUUUGCGCUUGCAUAAAGUGAAAGAGCUAUUCCUUAAAGUAUUUGGUUUACUGUUCCUCUCAGACUGAGAAGGGAAACCUGUUGUGCGUUGUGCAAUAGCCAUCUUAUUAUCACAACAGGUAGAAAUAGAAGCUUUAUUACUGUGAAAGAUUAAUACAAAUGUAUGUUUCACGAAGGACACUCACACUGUAUUAUCAUGCGUUAAGACUCGUUAUCUGUCAGUAGCCUAUGUAUAAUAUUCAGUCAUUUAAAUAUGUAUGUGUUCAAACACAUGUAAUGUCUGAAAAAGCAUAGUUCAGCCUAUUCAAUUCAAUUAGACCGUUUUGUGCUAUGCCUUUAUUGUGCGUUAAAGUCUAGUCCAAAUGCUGCUGUCUUUAAAAUACUUCCCUAUAAUUCAUGGAUAUGGACUGUUUUGCUAAGUUCUUUAAUGAGUAAAUGGCGCCAUGUAAACACUGGGCCAGCCGACUGUCAGUAUCUUAUUAUCGGUGCAAGACACACGUGAGGGGAGAAACACGGAGCUCGCUUGCGUACUCCAACAGUGAUCAAAGAUGGAGCGUGUUUGUCUUUGGAUGCCUCAAAUAUAGCCCGCUGUGAUGCAGUCUCCAUGGUGACGGUCGUUUCCUCGGUAACCCCAGUCACCGUUGCCAUGGCACCCUUGUUGCCACAGUAACCCCCCAGAUGGCUUGGAAGCUAUAUUGAAGAUUCACAUGAGUGGCUUGUUUUCGGUCUGAAAUAAGACUGUUUUGUCAUCACGCUUUGCGUGCGUAAAAUAGAAGCAUAAACAUGUGCAGCGCCCCUGCAAAUCAGCAAGCUUGUAAUGUGACUUUGAAAUCAAUACAAAAAGAAAUUCUCGAAAGGAUGUCUGUUUAUGAACUGCCACACAAAAAUCAGACACAACUUGGGAAAAUCCUGUGCUGGGAGAAGUGAAAGGAGACACAGAGUGUGAGGAUUUAUGAAUGGACUAGGAGCACGUUGUAUUGCUGUCCUGAGUGCACUACCUCGGCUACUCAGCAGAUGCUGCUGUUCUCCCACUUACAAGACUGGUGAAAGUUUUUUCUGCUCAGACCUCCUGGAAACCCUGACGACCCCAUUUAAACUGCUUCCUAUUUAGGGGCGCAGUGAUUCUGGUCUUCCUGUUGGGCUGGAUGGGCAAAAUUUAGGAAACUGGAGCAGAAAUUGCAAUGAAUCAGCCCUUCUUCCCUUGCUCUUUUGUCCUUGAUUGAUGCCAUCCAGCAUAAAGUAACAAGUGGUGCCUAGCAGUAUCCCCCCCUACAAUGGACCGCUACGCAAUAUAAAAUCAAAAUUCCACAUAAAGUUUUGUAGCUGCAGUUUUGUGAACAGACUGCUUCUGUUAUGGAGUCGAAAUCCUGCAAAAGGAACCAUCACGGGACUGAAAGUUAUUCAGACAAUCAAAAGCUCAGCUGGAACUGUGUUAUGAAGUCUGACAUUUCCCCACACUGCUUUCUAGAUGAAAUUAAAAAGGAAAAUAUUCAAGAACCAUACAGCAUUUUUGCAAAGCAAAUUUCACAUUAUUGGAACUUAAAAGGAUUUCUUUAAUCUGCAUUCAUGUUUUUGGGAGGUGACAUUCAUCACAGAUGACAACUGACCAGUUUUGACAACAAGUCAACAAGUGGCAAAAACUGGCGCCAUCUGUGAUUUACUGAUAUGAAACUGUGAUACCAAUCAAAGACUGUUAGCCAUAUGCCUUUGUUAGCUCUGUGUGCUCUGUAGUGCUAACAUGUGAUGUGAACACACACAUAAUGUACAUGUGCUGUUUGUUGCAAUUCUGUUGACACAUACAUGAAGAAUAAUAUGAAGGCAUUCAUGCACAUAUAAAUACAGACACAUCAACGUGCACACACACGUGUACAUAUGCCUUGAAUGAUUCUCUUCUAUCUCAGAGUGCACUCUUAAUUUUUGGGAUGGGAUGAAAUGUUGUCAGUAGAAAGCUGUGUAUGCCAGUAUUUGUUCUAUGUUAUUGUAUGCUGUCUUAAACAUGACCCAUAUAAAGAGA